AUGGAGGACGGUAGCAUCGUGGCUAGCGGCGCCAGAGAGGAGGACCCUAUCAUUCUAGACGACGAUGACGACAUUGACGGCGACAUUGGCGACGACAUUAACGACAACAUGGACGAUCGCAUCGACGAUGUUGGCGAUAGAUUUCAUGCGAAUCAUUCGUUCGCCUUUCCAUCCGCAGGUCCUCACGACUCUGCGGCUUUCAGUGCGCAGCCGUCGGAUCAGGCGGUCAAAUCUGCGGGGCGGGGAAUGGGUAAUUCCGGAGGGACAGACGACGCGGAACGCGGGUCAGGAUGCCCAGAGAGAGGAAUGGGGAGCCAAGGAGGGGCAGACGCGGCCGUGCGCGUGUCAGGAGGCGCCCUAGUGGAGGAGGAGUGCGAGAGUGGGGACGAAGAAGAGGAGGCGAGGCGGGUUCGGAGGGCGAACGAGGUGUGGCAGAGGGUGGCGUGGGCAUGGUGGCGCGACAACUUCUGGGUGCCAGGGGUGGAGAAGGAGGAGCCCACAGUCACAGUCGAGGAGGACUUUCACGUGGAUCACUGCCUCAAGUGCUAUGGCUAUGGCAUCCUCAUGUCAGUCCCGCCUCGUCUCUUCCCUCGCCUCACCUCUUCCCUCGCCUCACCUCUUCCCUCGCCUCACCUCUUCCCUCGCCUCACCUCUUCCCUCGCCUCACCUCUUCCCUCGCCUCGCCGUUGCCCUCGCCUAUGCUCUGUCUGCCCUCGCCUUUGCUCUGCUCUCGCCUCACCUCUACCCUCGCCAUAUCUCCCCUUCUCGUCCGUGCCUCGCCGUCUCCCCUGCAGCUGCUGUGACGGGCCAGCGUGCCACAAGGCAUGCCACGUGGAGUGUGCGGAGCCCAAGCUCUCCCACGCACCCAAGGGCCCCUGGUACUGCCCUGACUGCCUCGCCCGCCUCCGCACCUCCCGCCGCCCCUUCCCCUAUCCCCUCCUCUCCACUACAACCCCAACUGGCUGUGCUUAUACUCCUGGAAGGGAAGGGUGGGCUGGAAGUUUCGGUGGUGGGGGUGGUCAUGCGAGUUUGGAGGAUGAGGAUUGGGAUGCGGCCAGGGGGGUUAAUGAAGCGAACGGUGUGGGUGCCUCCGCCGCUGCUGCUGCUGCUGCUGCUCAUAGCAGCCGCAGUGGCGGUGCUGGCAAGGCGGGGGGAGGAGGUGGCAGUCUUACAGCAGCUCGUGGUGGGGGGUCUAAGGCCUCUGGUGCUAGUAACAGGGCGUCUAAUGGCGAGGAUCCGGCGAAUUGGUUUGCUCUAGGCGAGGUGGUUGUGGAGUCUGUGUGGCUGGACAGGGAGAAAGGGGAGGGGGGCGGUGGGGCGAUGGGGAUGGGGAUGGGGAUGGGGAUGGGGAUGGGGAUGGGGAUGGGGAUGGGGAUGGGGAUGGGGAUGGGGAUGCGGAUGGGGAUGGGGAUGGGAGGAGGCGGGAUGAGGGAGGGGAUUCUGGCAUGGCAGCACGAUGAGGAGAUGAGGAAAAUGAGGUGGGCGGGGGGAGAGGGAGAGGUGCGAGGGAGGACGGGGGGGAAAGCAGUGGGGAAGUCAGGGGCGAGAGCAGGCAGCAAGGGGAAAAGGGGAGGGAGGUUGGUGCAGGGGCAUGGAGGCAGGCAAAAGGGGGGUAAGGGGUUGGUAGGGGGAGAAGGUGGGGUGGGGGGAGGGCAGGACGAGGGGAUGGGUGGGGAUGGGUUGAAUGUGGCGCAUGGAGAGGGGUUGGAAGCUCUUGGCUGUUCUGUCAGGGAUGCAGGGGGACAGACUCAUGCGGCUGUAGCAGGGGCGUGUGUGGGGCCCAGUGGGGCGAGCGCGGAGGCAGGGCGUGGCAGGGGGAGGGAGUAUUUCGUGAAGUGGCAGGAUCGGCCUCAUGUGCACAACGAGUGGGUGGAUGGCGAGUGGUUGCACUCGCGAUUCCCGGGCCACCUGGCAGCAUACGAGACGCUCAAGGCGGAGGGCCAGCUGCCUGUGUACCGUAACGAGUGGGCGGAGCCGGAGCGGCUGCUGGGGCGGUUCAAGGUGGUGGGGCUGGGACACGGCAAGAGUGGUGGCAAGGGGCGCGGCAAAGGGCGGCUGAGACGCGUGUCAGACGAGUAUCAGUGGCUGGUGAAGUGGAGGGGCGUGGGGUACGAGCACCUGACAUGGGAGCCGUGCAACAUGCCCUUCCUCUCCACGCCACGUGGCAUGGCGCUGCAGGCGAGGCACGAGAGGGAGAGGGAGGGGUGUGAGCGCAGAGCCACAGCACAGGCCAUGCUGGAGGCAAGAGCCAGACGCGCUGCUCCAUUCGCCAUAACACAGCGUCACCAUCCAAAUGGCAUUGCAGCCAUCCACCAGCCAAACGAGGCCCAGCACGCAGAGUCAGUCCAGGUGGCGGCCUUGGAUUGGCUGAGGGCGCUGUGGCAGUGCGAUGGGGUGGCCCUUGACCGCGCAUUGAACGCUGUGUGGGAAUCUGUGGGGGAGAGCAUGCGCGGCCUGGGAUGUGAUGUGGGACCUGCUGGCGCCUGGCCUGCUGGUGGUGAUGCCAGUUGGGGAGCGGGGGCAGAGGGGUUAGAGGGAGAUAGAGGGAUGGGCGAGGGGGAGGGAGGAGUGGAGGAAGGGGAGAGAGGGGUGGACGAUGAGGUGGGAAGGCGUGCGCUGCUGUGUAUGGACCCUGUCAUGGGCAGCUCCCGUGUGCUCGUGGCGUUCUGCCGCGCCCUCAUCACUCAGUUCAAGUGCGUGCGCCCCAUCCUCGUCAUCUCCCCCUCUCCCCGCCACGCCGCCCGCUGGUGCUCCGAUCUCCGCUCGCCCUGCCCUGGCCUUGCUGCACCGCCACCCACUGCAGCAACAACAGCUGCUGCACCCCCAUCUGCUGCACGAACAGCUGGUGCAGGAGGUGGGGCAGCAGCAGCAGCAGCAGCAGCAGCAGCAGCAGCAGUGGCGGAAGCAGCCGUGGGAGGGGUGGCGAGGGGGGAGGGAGGGGAGAUUCAUGUGUUGAAGUAUGUGGGAGGGUCAGAGGCGGAGCUGGAGGCCAUAUGGGAUAGGGAGAUGCUGCCUGCUGACAGUGCUGCUGCAUGCGCUGCUGCUGGCGCUGCUGCCAGUGCUGCUGCUAGUGCGAGUGCCUGUGCUCAGCCUGGCAGUGGUGCUGCUGACACGCCAGGGGCACCAGCGGAAUCAGGCAUUGUGAGGGUCAGAGCAGUGGAGUCAGGAGAGAGAACAGCAGAGUGGGCGGCAGAGGCACGGGAGUGCAGUGCGCGCAUGGGACAGACUCUGCAAUGGCAUGUGCUGGAUGUGGGGUUGACCCUGGGGCGGGAUGGGGAUGGCAGAGAGUGUGGAGGCGAUGGUGGGGGACGAGAGUGGGGAGAGGAGGAGGGGCGAGAAGAAAGGGAAUGGGAGGAAGGGAGGGAUUGGGUGGAGAGGAGAAGGGAGAGGGGGGGAGGGAGGGAGGGUGGUGGGGGGCCUGGUGGGUCAUUUGUGGCAGCUUGGGGAGCCGAGCGAGAGGGGAGGCAGGGGGCUUUAAGAAGAACGUGGGCUGUGAGGGGCAGGGCGGUGAGGGAGAUCUGGUGGCCUGCCAGUCUCACUCCCCACCAGCGCGCACUCUACAGGGCGACGAUGCGAGAGCUGAAGCGAGCAGCGAGAGUGCAAGCCCAGCCCGGGACGGCUGCACUGCCUGCAGCAGCGUUCACUGCUCUCCGAAGGAGACUGCUGCAGUGCUGCCACCACGCCCAGCUUCUCUCACCUGCUCCACGCCCUGGCCACCCGGCUAGUGCGCAAGUGAGGGAAGCGCUAGCCAGCAUGCUCGCUCAGCAGUGGGGCGGCAGUGGGAGUGCGUUCCUCCGCCUGCACUCGUCCGACUCCCCUGCUGCCUGCUCCCACACGCUCGCCCAGGUGGUGCGAGGGGCUUCAGGCGAGCAGGGGUGCAGUGUGGUGCGGGGAGGGCAAGGGGAGGUUCUGUUUGGCAGAGCAAGGGGCGUGCGUGGUGGGAGAGGGGGUCGGGUGGCAGGAGGUUGUGGGGGAGGAGGAGGUGGGGGAGGGGUGGGUGGGAGAGGAGUGGGUGGGGGAGGAGUGGGCCGGAGAACAUUUGGUGGGGGGGCAGCGAGUUUUGGCAGCAGGAGACAGAGGGAGGCCGUGAGGAGGGGAAGACGAGGGGAAGAGGAGCGGCGAGUGAGGAGAGAGGGUGGAGGAAACGGUGGAGGAGGGAGAAGGAACGGCAGAAGGGCGGGACGGGGAGGGGAGAGUGAGGUGGGAGUGCGGGUGAAGCAGGAGGAGGUGGAGGAGGAGGUGGAGAUGGGGGUGGAGGAGGAGGAGGAGGAGGAGGAGGAGGAGGAGGAGGAGGAGGAGGAGGAGGAGGAGGAGGAGGAGGAGGAGGAGGAGGAGGAGGAGGAGGAGGAGGAGGAGGAGGAGGAGGAGGAAGAGGAGGAGGAGGAGGAGGAGGAGGAGGAAUACUCAGUGGUGCAAGUGCCGGUGUGGAUGGAGCAUGAGGUGGAGGAGGAUGUUGAAUCGGUGGAGGGGGGUGGUGAGUCGGUGGAGAGGGGUGGUGAGUCAAUGGAUGGGGGUGGUGAAUCGGGGAAGGGGCUAGUGAGGGGGGAGGGCAGUGGCGAGGCGCUGAGAAGAGUGAAAGAGGAGCAGACGGAGGAAGGGUUUGAGGAGGGAAGUAUGUGGCAGGCGCAGCACACGAAAGAGGGGGAGGAGGUUGCGGAAGAGGUUGAGGAUGGGGAGGGGGAGGGGAAAGAGCAGGAGAGAGAUGAAGAGGCAGGGGUGGAAGAGCAAUGGCAGGCGCGAGUGGAGAGAGGGUGGGAGCAAGGGGCGCGUGGUGGAGGACCAGAGAAAGAUGGGAAGGAGAAAGAGGGGGAAGAGGAACAGCACGGAGAGCAGCAGGGAGAGCAGCAGGGAGAGCAGCAGGGAGAGCAGCAGGGAGGGCAGCAGGGAGAGCAGCAGGGAGCAGUAGCAUGCAGAGAGCGUCCGUUUGUGGUGCUAGCGCCAGCAGCAGUGGUCUCGAUGGCCGUGGGUCUGGAUUCUAUAGACGCGGUUAUACUCGUGGAUGACUCAGCAACUCCUGCGUUAACUACACAGAAAGUGUCAUCCCUUUCACUUGAUGCUCAACUCCCCACGACUGACAGCAUCAAGAAUAGGCAUGACCCCUCUGCUGCACCUCAUCCUCACGCUUCUUCCCCCGCCUGUCGCCCUCCUCGCCUUUGUUCUCCCCACUCCUCUCAACUCCCCCGCCCGUCUUCUCCCCCUACCCCUCGGCCCUACCCUGCCGUGCAGCGCCUGCUCGCCUCCCUGCUCUUCCACCGAGACACCUGCUCCACCGCUCCCAGCCCCUCUCCACAGCAGCAGGGCUGCAGCGUACCGCCUCUCACCGUGCUGCGCCUCUACUGCCCUGCAACUGAGGAGCAGCGGCUGCUGGAAAGCGCCUGGCAUGGCGCAGCGAGGGGCUUUGACUGGACUCAAGACUCUGAAGAGCAGCGUGUGCUGCAGGGCUACAGGCAUGGCGCAGGGAGGGGUCUGGGGGGAUCCGUGGGGGGAUUUGCUGGUGGGGUGGGGGCGAAGGUAGGGGAGGAGAGAAGAGAGGAGCGAGAGGAGAGUAGGGGAGAGGUGAGAGGCGUAGGGGUGGAGGUAGGCGAAGGGGUCCGUGGAGAAGGGGAGGAGAUGCAGUGGGAGGCGAGGAGAGGAGUGAAGAGGCGUGCUGGUGGGAGGGAGGGGGAGUGGGAGAGGGACGAGGAGCACGGGGAGGAGGAGGAGGAGGAGGAGCCAAGGAAGGGGAAGGAAGGCAAGCAGGGGCGGAAGAGGCGAAGAGUGGACUGCUGUGCUGGUUCUAUGGAGGAAGGAGGUGAGGAGGAACGGGGUGACGGCGUUGCGGGGAGAGGGGACGUGAGGCAGGAGGAAAGGGGGGGAGGGAGUGCUAAUGGGAAGGGAGUUGGCGAGGAGGAGGCAGGAGAGGGGCAUAGGAUGGAGUGCAGGGGGAAGGGGUGGGGCAGCGGGGAAGGUGCUGUAGGUGUCAGGCAGCAGUUGAUGGAGAUUCUUUUAUACUGGGCGGCGAACAAGCGGAGUGUGAAAGAAUGGGCGGGGAACAGUGCCCUGCAUUCUGAGCCCGUCACGUCUGUGGCUUUGGAUCGGGUUCUGGCUUGGCCCGGACCUGCAGGUCCGGUUGUUUCCGUGCCUGUGAGAGGUGUUUUGUCUAUGAGGGAUUUGGAGGCUGUUGCAGGGGAGGUAAGAGGGGAAGAUGGAGUGGGAGGGAGAGAAGAGGAGUUAAGAGGAGAGGGACUUGGGGAGGAGGGGCAUGGAAUGGGAGCGGAGGAGGAGGGGCAUGGGAUGGGAGCGGAGGAGGAGGGGCAUGGGAUGGGAGCGGAGGAGGAGGGGCAUGGGAUGGGAGCGGAGGAGGAGGGGCAUGGGAUGGGAGCGGAGGAGGAAGGGCAUGGGCUUGGAGGAGAGGAGUGUAGAAUUGGAGGGGAGGAGGAGGAGUGUAGGAUUGAUGGGGAGGAGGAGGAGGAUAGGGUUGGAGGGGAGGAGGAGAAGCAUAGUAUUGGAAGGGAGGAGGAGGAGCAUACAAUGGGAGGGGAGGAGGAGGAGCAUACGAUUGAAAGGGAGGAGGAGGAGCAGAGGUUGGACGGAGGGAAGCAAAGGCGUGAGGCCGGGCAGGAGGUGGGAAGUGAGAAGAUAAGGGUGGAAUGGAGAGACUAUGGGCAUGGGCUGGAAGAGACAGGCAGAGAGGAAGAGGUGGCAGCGGAGGAGAGACGAGAUGGGAUGGAAGGAAUGGUGGGAGGAAGAGGAGGGGAGGGAGUGCAACUGAGGGAUAAUGCAGGCGAGAGGUUGGGAGUGGAGAAUGGGGCGACAGGGAAGGCAGAAGGAGAGGCCGCGGCCAUGGCAGAUGGAGGAGGGCAGGGCGAAGAGAGCAGGGCGGGUAGAGAGGGCGGGGAGGGCAGGGAGGGCGGAGAGGAGCGAGAGAGUGAGGCUAAUGGAGCGGAUGGCGGUUGUGCGCGGUGUAGAGGGGUGAGAAUUAAUGUGAGAAGCAGUGACGGUAGCACUUUGAUAAGUGAUGAAUGCAGCGCACGGACUAGUGGUGUGUGGCGGUCGAUUGAGAUUGUACAGGGCGGCAUUGCUGCUGCUGUGGCUGAGGCCAGGAGGCUAGUGGGUGAGAGAGGGGGGGAGCUGGGCAGGCAAGGAGACCAGGGAGUGACAGGGACGAGGGGAGAGGGGGAGCGAGAAGGUGGAGGCAUGGUGGGGGACGCAGGGGGGGAAAGGGGAGCAGGAGAAGGGAUGGCGAGGCUGGCUGGAGCAGAUGGGGAGGGAGGAGUGGGGAGGGAGGGAGGAGUGGGAAGGGAGGGAGGAGUGGGAAAAGAGGGAGAAGUGGGAAGGCAGGGCGGAAUGGGAAGGGAGGGAGGAGCGGUCGAUGGGGCACAGAGGCUAGGCAAGGGUGGCGAGGAGGGGAGUGAGGAGAUGGAGGAGGGGGAGUGGCAUGAGGAGGACAAGGUGAGAAGUGACGCAAGUGGUCGCGAUGAUGGGCAUCCCUCGGAGCAGCACAGGGCCCAUGAGGAGGGAAGGGGCCUGGCAACGUGUGAGCAGGAGGAGCAAGACUCACACCAGCAGCAGCGAGAAUUACAGCAGCAGCAGCAGCAGCAGCAGCAGCAGCAUGAGCAACAGGAUGGGCGGAAUGAGCCUUGUGAACAGGCAGGGCAUGAGCAUCGAGACAGCUCUCUGCGCCGCUCUCACUCAUCCCCGUCCCGCCACUCCCGCAAUCCACCCUCCACUCUCUCACGCUCCUUCUCCCACCUCCACCCACCAUUCCCCCCCACCCAUCCGCCAGUCCACGCCCCCCUCCCUCUCGCACCCCUCAGCCCGAAUUUCCGCGCUAGCAGGCAGCAGGGAUCAAGGGACGGAGCAGGUCGGACUCUUGACCCAAGGGGCGUUGGGCCCCAUGGAUUGCUCCCCACGCCCCUCGCUGCACUGCCCACCCCCCAUGCCUCACAUGUGUACAGAACUCAUGAGGAAUUUGAACGGGCCCAUGCAUUGUCUGCCCAGGGGCCCAGUCAUCUCCAUCAUCCCCAUGGGUUUCCGUCCCUCCCUCCGCCUGUGUUCGUAUCCCUCCCACACCCCCGUGGUUUCCAGCUGCCCAGUCAGCACCGCCCACAUCUGCCAAGUCAGCAUGGCCCACAUCCACCCAGUCAGCAUGGUCCGCUUACCCUUAUACCACGUCAUCAUCCGCCUGGCUUUCCUAUGCUUUUCCACGCCAACCAUCCCCCCACCUUUUUCCUCGCACGCCCUCCAAACGCCCACCCCCAUUAUCCUCACACUGCUGCUCCCAACCACACUCCUACGCCUCCUCCCACUCCCCGCAACCACCCCCAAUCUCCUACCACCUCCCGCGUCCCUCCCAACUCCCCUUCGAACGCACCUUCCAGCCCUCACCAACCACGUGCCUCCACCCCCCAUCCGCCCCUGCCCCUGCCAUUUUCCCCCUCCAAGAAGGCUCGUGUGUCGACCCAGAAGUCCAAUUCCCCUUCCAGCAGUCCCCACACACGUCCUCCCCCACCCAAUGCACACCCAGCCCGGUCACUCCCCCCAGCUAGCCACCCUCCAAGCCCACCAGCACUGCCUCAAAACGGCCACCACCCAAUCAGUGCCCCACACCGCCCUGACUUACCACCUGAACGCCGUUCUCCACCUGUUUUUUCACCUGAGCGUGCGCCUGAAUGGUGCCAUGGGCCCCCUGGAGCUGGUAUCAGUGAUCGCUCUCAGGUGAAUUCUCAGGUGAGGUUCCGUGGCGACCAAGCGGGCUCGUGUGAUCUAGAUACUCCGAGGUGGCAGGAGGAUCUGCCACGUGGCUCAACAAAAGAAGGGAGAUGUGGCGUGGUGAGUGCUGAGGCGCAUGAGUGGGAGGAUGACGUGGCAGAUUACAUGUCACCGAAAGAAAAGACACGUGGAAAGCUGGGAGAUGAGGCAGGCACCAAAGGGGAUGACGUAGCGAAGCAGGUGCCAGCUGGCCUAUCGAAUGCAGUGACAUGUGGAACGGAAAGCAGGGGAAUACGUGGUGAAGGAAGGGAUGAGGUGACAGGCCAGGUGCCAGCGAGCAUCCCACGUGGCAGAGAGGGGCACGAACAGCCCCUUAGCCAGGUGGCAGCAAGCAGUCCACGUGGCAGGGAGGAACCUGAAGCAACGCCAUCCCCUGACGGAGGGUCAAAGGGGGGGGUACCAGGGAGAACGAGAGGGAGAGCUGUGCGACGGGGGUGUGGAGUGGUGCGGGGAGGUGUGCUGGUGAGAGUGGGAAGAGGGAGGGGGGUAGGAGGGCGAGGGAUUGGAGGAACGCGGGUGGGAGGAAGUAAGGAGGGGCCCAAGAAUGGGCAGAUAAAAGCCCGGGGAGAGGAAGAGGGAGCGGGGAUGGCAGGAGAGGGAGGUAAAGGGGGGGAUGGUCAUGGGCAGCUGUUGCGUGCAGAGUUUGAUGCAGCUGUUGCAGCUGCUGCUGCUGUUGUGGCUGCUGCAACUGCAUCUGCUUCUGGGGCUGCUGGGGUGACCAAGCGGCGUGGGGAUGGUGCAGAUGGUGCGAUGCGAGAGAUGCCGUGUGGGAGGGCUGCAGUGGAGAGGAGUGCGGGGAGGUCUGUGCUGGGCAAGCGAUCACGGCGCGAGGCUGGCUUGAACGGGCUGGAGGAAGGCAUGGGAGGGGAGAAGGUAGGCGUGGAGAGGCAGGCGCAGGAGGAUGGGGCGAUGCCGAAAGAGGGGCUUGGAGGAGAGGCGGGGCGGGUUGCAGCAGGGGGGAGGCUGGUGGGCGUGCACGUGAUAUCAGCGAAAGGCAGUCAGGAGGCGGCAAAGCCAAGGAACAGGCAGAAGGAGGGUGGUGAAGGAGAGGUGGGGGCGGUUAACAAUGUGGGGAUAUCAAUGGAUGUGGCGGAUCAGGUGAUUACAACGGGGGAGAAGCUGGUGGGCGUGGAUGUGAUUGCAGGGAAAAGCGGUCAGGCGAUGGUGGAGGUAAGGGACAGCCAGAGCGAGCGUGGCGAAGGGGAGGUGAUAUCAGUGGGAGGAAGCGGUCAGGCGGCGGUAGAGCUAAGGGAUGGGCAGACGGAGGGUGGUGAAGGCGAGGUGGCUGGAGACGGGCAGGCGAUUGAAGGGCGGAUGGAGGAGAAGGGAAGGGCGGGGGAGGCGAGAGAGGAGGGGAGAGGGCAGGUGGAAUCGGGGAAGGAGGGAGGUGACGAAGAGGAAAACGAGAAGGAGGAAGGAGGAGGGCGAGGGAAGGAGGCGGAAGGAGGUGAGGGGGAGGAAGGGGAGAAGCAGCCAGCGGUUGAGGUGGACAGAUGCAGCAGGGAGGAAGGAGAGAUUGAUAGUGCAGAUGGUGUGGGGAGGGAGAGGGGUGAGAGGAGAGAUGGGGCGGAGAUGGAGGUGGGAGGGAAUGAAAAGGAAGUGGGGGAGGAGAGGGAAUUGGGGGAUGGGAGGGAAUUGGGGGAUGGGAGGGAAUUGGGGGAGGAGAAGGAAGUGGGGGAUGGGAGGGAAGUGGGGGAUGGGAGGGAAGUGGCGUCAACUCAGGGUGAGGGCGGUGAGUGUGGGCAGGAGGAGGAAGGGAGAAGCGCGCUUGUACCUCUGGAAAUUGCUGCAGUCGGCACUGCUGCAGUCGACACUGCUGCGGUCGACACUGCGGCACCUGACGUCCCUGGAGCAGAUGCUUCCCCCAAGAGCACACCUGCUAUGAACGCAGCUGUAGCAGACACAGGUGCAGCCGAGACAGCUGUAGCAAGUGCAGCCGAGACAGCUGUAGCAAGUGCUGUCGAGACAGCUGUAGCAAGUGCUGCCGAGACAGCUGUAGCAAGUGCUGCCGAGACAGCUGUAGCAAGUGCAGCCGAGACAGCUGUAGCAAGUGCAGCCGACGCAGCUGUAGCAAGUGCAGCAGACACAGCUGUAGCAGACACAGCUGUAGCAGACACAGCUGUAGCAGACAUGGUUGUAGCAGCAACAGCUCCAGCGUCGGAUACAGUUGCACCGGAUACAGCCGCACUGGAUACAGCCGCACCGGAUACAGCCGCACUGGAUACAUCCAUGAGGGGCCAUGAGGAGAGGGGAGAGGGAAGCAGGGAGGGGGGCGAGAAGGAGCAGGUGAGUGGAAAUGAAGCGGAGGGAGAGGAGGGGAUUAUGGAUGCUGGAGAAGAGGAGGCAGAAGGAGAAGAGGGUACAGAGGGGGCAGGGGGGGCAGAAAUGGCACAGGGGCCAGAGAGGGAAGAAAUGGCAGAGGGGGCAGAGGGAACAGAGGGAACAGAGGGAGCAGAGGGAGCGGAGGUAGCGGAGGGAGCAGAGACGGCAGAUGGGGCUGUGAGGGCAGAGGGGGCAGAGGGAGCAAUGGAAACAGAGGCAGGAAAGAGGGGGGAGGGGGCACAAGCAGGUGUAGUGACAGGGCUGGCGGAUGGGGAAGGAGCAGGAAGAACCUUUGGGGGAGCAGGGGAGGUGGCGAUGGCAGAGGCAUAUGCAGAAACGGCAGGGGAGGUAGAGGGAGAAACAGCAGUAAGAGCGAGGAAAGGAGUAGGUGGGGAGAUGGAGGGAGGGGAACAGGAGAGUGGAGGAGUGAGGGAAGGCUAUGAUCCAGGAUCAGCAGCGGCAGCAGGUCCGGCAGUGGCAGGUCCGGCACGGACAGGUUCGGCAGUGGCAGGUCCGGCACGGACAGGUUCGGCAGUGGCAGCAGACACAGAAAUGGAAGACCGAGCUUCACCUGACCCUGGCGCCGCUGGACCGUCCCCUCCGCGUCUGAGCUUCCUGCACCGCCUCAACGCCCUGCAGCACCAACGCCUGUUGAUCAGCGACAUUCAGCAACAGCAGCAGCAGCAGCAGAAUGGUUACACUGCUGCUGGUGUGCCUGGCAGUGCUAGCAGCACCACUCCUCCCCCCUCAGACCACAUACCCAUGGAAAGUGCCUCUCUCUCUGCCGCCCAGGGUCUCACCCCUGUCACGCGGGAUAUCAUGCUGGCGGAGCGGCUGCGUCUGGAGGAUCUUAUGAAGCACCAGCAGGCUGCCACGCUGGCAGCAGAGCGCCAGCUGGAUGAUGAGAAGGAGCGCCAGGUGGCGCUGGUGCUGCAGCGGUUUGAGAGGAGGAAGGCGGUGGUGAGAGCGAAAGGGGCGGCAGAAAUGGAGAGGACAAGGGAGGCCAUAGGGAUGGUGGACGGCCAGAUUCCGCUGCUGCAGGCUUGGCAGGCGAAGUACUCAAGUGGGGCAGGGGCAGCAGCCUCGGGAGCAGCAGGUUCGGGAGCAAGGGUUGCUGGAGGUGGUGCUGGGACUGCUGGGACUGCUGCGACUGCUGCGACUGCUGGGACUGCUGGGGCUUCUGCUGGUGGUGCUCAUGGCAGUGGUGCAAGGGUUGCUGGACGUGGUGGUGGUGUGGGAGGAAUGGGUGUGCAGUCACUAACCGCAGCAGCGCUGCCUGCAGCAGCAGCAAGCACCCGAGCAGUAGCUCCCCACAGGCAGUGCAACGCCACCUCGCCUCCCUCACAUGCCAUGCAUCCUCCGUCAACUGGCCCCCAUGCCCCUCUCAACGCCAACCCUGCUCACCUUCCUGACAUGGCACAGCCUCAACAUGCUGCUGCCCCACACGCCCAGCAGCAGGGGCACAUGCAUGUCUCCUCCUUUCCCGCAAUUCACUCCACUUUUGUCCUACUGGAGUUCCAUUGGUGCACCGCCAUGUUUCUCCUUUCAGGUCCCCACCCAUGCCUCUCCUCUGCUAUUGUCCCCCACAUGCAUCUUUGCCUCUCUACCUCUCCGUUUUGA